GUCUCGCAUAAAGUGCGGUAAAUUGUCCCCUUCUAUUUUGAAGAUCUACUUCCUUUUGAAGAGCUCUUUGAAUGGCGCUAAAAACCUCAGGUGCGACGUUUGUACAGAGAUCCAAAUCUUCAAUAUCUGGAUUCAGACUACAAACAGUACCCCAAGCUACAGCGUCAAGUGUGCUUUAAAGAAGGGAAUUAAUUAGAGUUGUUUUGGCUUCUCAACACAAAUGAUGGAUAUUAUACCAGCCGCCAUGCAAGGACCAAUCAGUGUAUUGUCGAAAGGAAUUCAGGACAGUGUUGUGAAGCUUUGUCGCCAGAGCAGCCUAUUUGAUGAUCUUACCCAGGGACAGUUGCAGAUAGAUGGCAUUAUAUGUAUGUCUGUACAGACAAGACAUGAUAUAGUUGUGAAGAUUCACCACACUUUGUCUGGAAGAGAUAACAAGAAAUCUGAGCAUCAGCUUUCUCCUAGUAGUCUUAAUGGAUACAAAGCUGUAUCAGAAAAAACAAGAGAAGCAGGGCAGAAGCAGCUCAAUCAGGGUCUUUACAGUGAAAUCACAUCAGCACAAUCGCUGGAUUCAAAUCGAGAUCAUUCAGUGCCAUCAAGCAGCACAGUUGAUGAAGAUCUCACUUGCAUCAAGCACGAGCCAACUGUUGUAAUUGACCUUGAGAAAGAUUCACCUGUAAAGCCAAAGACGGAUAGCAACAUAGCUCAGCAAGAUUCAAUCCAAGGAAGUGGACACAUAAGACAAGACAUUACCAGUAAACUUCAAUGUAAAACCAACAGUUUCAAUAAUUCUAGUGGAGUGAACCAAAAUAUGCCAUCAAAUAAUCUUCACAAUCCACCAGACUUCAGUAAACCUAACUUCUUGAUCAAUAAUCUCAACAAUUUUGCUGCACCCGUUCAUAAUGCCAAAGCUGAUGAACCAAGCGAUAAACCACAUACUUCUACAGAAAGUGGCACCAGACAGGAACCCGUUGUGAUAAAACUUGACGAUGAUGAUGAAGAUGAUGAUACAGCUUGUGAAGUUGAUAGUGCCACAUCUGCAUUUCCUUCCUUUAGUGGACCACUGAGAGGGACAGGAAGUUUUCCAACAUAUCCUGGUAGAAUACCAUUCUGUGAUGAUGAAUAUGCUGCCUACCUUGAGAGUGAAGCAGCUGCAGCCAAAGCAUCAAAGACCACCAAUCAACCCUUCAAACCAGGUGAAACCAUGGCCAAUGAGACUACAUAUGAAUGCGGUAUAUGUGCAUGUUAUUUCAAAAACAAUGAUGCAUUGGUUGACCAUAUGAAGACACAUUCACUCAUUAACUCCCUCAAAAGCACAGAGAAAGUGUUGGACACUGAACCCAAUGGUGAAGGUGGUGGUGAUUCAAUUAUUGAAGAGCAUUGGAAAGAUAACAGUGAUAAUAAAUUAGGUAUAAAGAUAGUGUCCUGUGAGUCUGUGGCUGAAGUUGACAGAUGUGACACCCCAUUAGGUUAUAUAGAUAACAGUGAUAUUGAAACAAGCAAUGAUUCAAUCAGAAUUGAAAGUCAAGCCAAGGAUGAAUGUAGUAAUGAUACAGUGACAAUAACUACAAAGAAAGAUUUUAGAUGUGAGAUUUGUUACAAGGUGUUAUGCUCUAAACAAUCACUUGGACAUCAUUUGCGAACACAUACAGGUGAAAAGCCUUUUAGCUGUGAAAUAUGCUCCAAGCGCUUUAGGAUUAAGCAAGUUCUCAAGCAACAUAUGAUGCUCAUUCACAAAACUUCUGGGCCAAUUGCUGGAAAUGAAUUGAACUCUAAAUGUGAAAUAUGUUCAAAAACAUUCAAAUAUAGUAACCAUUUACUUCUCCAUAUGCGAGUUCACACCACUAAAUCCAUGGGAGUUAAAUCCAGUAGCAAAGCACCAGUUGUACCAAAUACAAAAAUGAAAUACCAAUGUGAGAUUUGUGAAAAGAAAUUCAAAUAUAAAAAUGUUCUUCCGCUUCACAUGAGAACACAUCAUGCCAAUUUGAUAAACAAAUCUAAUGAAAGAAACUAUGAAGGUGAAAAAUAUUCUGAAAAAUUUAGACAGACUGAUGGGCACACUUUUAGUCAGGAAAAUGUAAAAAUGAGUAAUUUUCGAGAGGAGCCUGAAAGUAAUGAAAAUAGAGCUGGCAAAAAGAAACACUUUAAAACAUUUGCUGGACAAAAUACAACAUGCACUAUCUGCAAAAAGAAGUUGCGUAACAAACAAUCAUUAAAAGUUCAUUUGCUAACUCAUACAGGAGAAAAACCUUAUGAAUGUAGCAUUUGCAUGCGUAGAUUUACACAAAAACAGGCACUUGUGUACCAUUUAAGAACUCAUACAGGUGAAAAACCUCAUGAAUGUAGCAUUUGCAUGCGUAGAUUUACACAAAAACAGAUACUUAUUAACCAUUUAAGAAUUCAUACAGGUGAAAAACCUUAUAAAUGUAGUAUAUGUUCACGAAGAUUUACUCAAAAGGCUGCUCUAAACUAUCAUUUUAAUACUAGACACACUCAUGAGAAGCUGUACAAAUGUACAAUUUGCCACAAAGAAUUUUCUCAAAAGGCUGCCUUGAAUAAGCAUAGUAUUACUCAACAUAAAGGCGAUGGUGCUGGCAAUUCAUGUAAUAACAAAUCUGGAGGAAGCUCUCCUGAACAACAAUUGAGAAAAUCUGUCAAAGUUAAACAGGGGGUUGCAUCUGAUAAAGAAACAGUGAGAUUUGAAGGCAAACGUGAAAGUGGCGUGGUAUUUUAUUGUGAACUCUGUCUGAAAGAAUUUCAAUCAUCCGAUAUGCUAUUAAAUCACAUGUCUAUGCAGCAUGGUCAACUUAAUGUAUUAA